AUGAAAUCUCUAGAAGACCAAGUUGUACAAGAAGAACUAGGAUUCCAAGAUGAAGAGGAAUCAUUUUUCCAGGACAUAGAUCUGUUACAGAAGCAUGGAAUUAAUGUAGCAGAUAUUAAGAAGCUGAAAUCAGUAGGAAUUUGCACAAUCAAAGGGAUUCAGAUGACAACUAAGCGGGCAUUAUGUAAUGUGAAGGGACUUUCUGAAGCCAAAGUAGAGAAGAUAAAAGAAGCAGCCAACAAACUUAUAGAACCAGGGUUUCUGACCGCUUUUGAGUAUAGUGAGAAGCGAAAGAUGGUAUUCCAUAUUACCACUGGAAGCCAGGAAUUCGAUAAACUCCUAGGUGGUGGGAUUGAAAGCAUGGCUAUCACAGAAGCCUUUGGAGAAUUCCGAACAGGCAAAACUCAACUUUCCCAUACUCUUUGUGUGACAGCCCAACUUCCAGGAACAGAUGGAUAUACAGGAGGGAAGAUUAUUUUCAUUGACACGGAAAACACAUUUCGUCCAGACCGCUUACGUGACAUUGCUGAUCGCUUCAAUGCAGAUCAUGAGGCAGUUCUUGACAAUGUAUUGUAUGCACGGGCUUAUACUAGUGAGCAUCAAAUGGAACUACUUGAUUAUGUUGCUGGCAAAUUCCAUGAGGAACCUGGCAUCUUCAAACUACUGAUAAUAGAUUCCAUUAUGGCACUAUUUCGUGUGGAUUUUAGUGGUCGUGGGGAAUUAGCUGAAAGGCAACAGAAACUUGCUCAGAUGCUCUCAAGGCUUCAGAAAAUAUCAGAAGAAUAUAAUGUGGCUGUGUUUGUGACUAACCAAAUGACCUCUGAUCCUGGAGCAACCAUGACCUUUCAAGCUGAUCCCAAGAAACCCAUUGGAGGCCAUAUCCUUGCUCAUGCUUCUACAACGAGGAUUAGUUUGCGAAAGGGAAGAGGAGAAUUACGUAUUGCCAAAAUAUAUGAUAGUCCUGAAAUGCCUGAAAAUGAAGCCACAUUUGCAAUAACCGCUGGAGGAAUAGGAGAUGCCAAAGAGUAG